AUGGCAUCCUUGCAACUCUCAAAGCAUGCCCGCCAAAUGGGCGUCAUCGGUAGACCAGCCAUGUUGUACAAGAAAAUUGUUCGUGAAAUUCCCCGAAUUUUGAUGAUCUACGACAUUGACAUGCCUCUAGAGGACGUACGUGCUUCAAUUCGAACAAAGUUCUACGAGCAAAAGGAUAUCAAGGAUGCUCGAAUUGCGGAAAUGUUGGUGGAAAAGGGUUACAUGAGUUUGGAAACCACCAUGUUGCAGCACAAACAAAAGGCGCAUUUGAUGCACUUUCUAGAAGGAUACACAGUUCCGAUGGAGGCGGAACGCAAGCGUUUGGAUGCGGAUGCAUCGAUUGACGAUCAAUUCGCUCGAAAUUAA